UCAUUAUAUAAACAAUAUUUCAACCGUACGGAACUAAAAUAUAUAAAAACAGAAAAGUAAUUAGAAGACAUGGCUAACCAGCUCGAUUAUUACUUGAAAGGACUUGUCAAUACACUGCUCUUCAUGCUGAACCGUCAGGAGUUUCACUUGCAUCAGAUCAGAUCCGAGGAGAAUCGCCUGAAGAAAUCGAUCUUGAAAUCGGCAUCAGACCAUCGUAAACAGGAGCAUAUAACGCACAUACAGGAAUAUAAACUGCUGCUAGACGAGAGCACAUCCCAGUUGCAAAAGCAACAGGACAAGCUGCAGAAAUACCUCGACUCGCAUCCCGAUCUGAAUGAAAGUGAGCUUUAUCAGCAGGCUGGCAAUGUCCUGAAAGACAUGCACCUCUAAACCAAGUUACUGGCCGCAAAACCGACCCACAGAGGCAACCAAAUUUUUCAUAGUUUUUAAUCAUAAUGACAACCAAAUAAAGUUAGGGUGUACAUCAUUUUUCAUUCAUCUCUUAACAAGAA